AUGCGUGGUCUACCGGCUGGUGCUGGUCUCCAGGGCGUGCCCGAGUCCAAUCCCCAAGCAGGAGAUCAGCUGGUGGUUGCAUCCAACGGCGGCCCAGCACGAGCGAGGCCAGUGACAUCCUUCGCUGCUCGUGACGGGGGUUCGCCCUCCCUGAUCCAGCUCGACAGUUGCAUGCUCCCCGCCCGUCACAAGCUCGAUUCCGGGGAGCUCGCCACCAGAGACAAGGCCCAUGACUGGAUAAUCAAACCACCAGCUGGCGAGGUACCCACCUCGGGUCACUGGAAGAUCAACCUGCCCUAUCGACCUGCUUCGUCCUCUGUGAAGCCAUCACCGGCCUUGUCGGCCUCAUUCUCACCGGAUGUAAUCAGUGGGCCAGGCUCGAACCACUUGUCACUGUCGCCCUUCUCAACUGGCUUGGCCGCCCCAGCAGCCGCAACCCUGCCCUUUCACAAUCCCGGCUUUGGCUCGACCAUCUCGUACGUCCCCGCCCCCUUUGGAGGAGGGGUGGACCAGUUUGAUCCGACGUACCCAGAACUUGUCUCCCACUCAUACUCGUUCAAUUUUGGCGCGCAGAGCGCGGAAGCAGAAGCAGCAGCCGCCCUCGCAGCCAUAAAGCCUCCGGUCGCAGACCAGGAGUCAUUCACCGGUCAUCGUAGAGAGUGUGACCCGCACUCCUCGCCCGAGCUCGUGUCGCACUCCCACCGUCCAAUCGAUGCGUCUCCUGCUGACCCAAUGGGCUUCGCCACCUUCCAUCACCCCCAGCCAGCGCUCGAGUAUCACCAUAUUGAGGAGCAGGACCAGGACCAGGACGCGGACCAGGAGGACGACGACGUCGACGACGACUGGUCGACCACUGAAGUAGUGCCGGUGACAGCGGCGGGGUUCAGCCACUCGCUGCGGCCACAGGCGGUCCCCACGACCGCCCGCUAUUUCGGGGUCGACGAGUCGGAGAUUUCUCGCCUGGUCUACCCACUGCCGGACCAUUCCGUCAGUGCCAGCUACUGCCAAGGCUCAUAUUGCGGCGAGGACGACGACCCGCCCGCCUCUGAGCACUUUUACACCGCUCCUCCAGCCCGCGGCGGCGGUGGUGGUGGUGUUAGCAGCAGCCGUUACGACGCCGAGAUGGCAGAGGAGAACGGAGAAGCCUCGACCGUAGCGUCGAGAGGCGAAACGCCGUACGAAGACGACGACGACGACAGAACUAGCGUCGACGAGGAUCCGUCGGAUGACAGAACUAGUGUCUACGAGGAUCCGUCGGACGACAGAACUAGCGUCUACGAGGAUCCGUCGGACGACAGAACUACCGUCUACCAGGAUUCGUCGGACGACGAAGGCGCGGAGAGACAGUCGAUCACGGUCGCUACCCCCCGGCUCUCCGGCGCAGACUCCUCGUUCAAGAGCGACGGCUCUCGAAAGAGGCGCCGCUUUACCGCGGACGAGCGCGAGCAGACGAGCAAGACUCGAAGUCGAGGUGUCUGCCUCCGAUGCCGAGUGCAGCGUAUCCGAUGCAAUCCCAACCCGUUCGACUCAGACGACGAGACGUGCGGAUCCUGCCUGCGCGUCUCGACCAAGUCCAAGAAAACGAUCCACCACAUACCCUGCAGGCGAUGGAAGCUGACGGAGACGGUCUGGUACCGCCCCGGCGGGCUGGGUCUGACCCACCGAUGGGAUGGGACCAGGGUCCGCGACGUCAAGGACUGUGCCGACAAGGUGCAGCACACCAUCGAGGUCAAGGUGCUGUGCCGCGAUGUUCACAACACAGGCUACGACUUGUGCAACGAGCCGCUCAAGUACCAGGUGCGCAGGUUCAACCCAAAGGACGGCGACUCGCUGGACCGCUUCUGGACCAAGAAGCUCCGCAGUGGGAAGGUCGAGAAGCGAAAGGUCCCAGUGCCGCCGUACGCCUUGAUCAGCAUCCAAAGCACUACAGCGUAUCUGCAGAAGUACAUCGAUAUAAACACUCUCAGUAGCAUGAGAAAGGCAACGUCGUACUCGGAGCCGCUCGUCAAGCACAUGUUCAAUGCGGCGAUUCAACACUUUGGCUUGUUGCCAGCUGGAGACAACAAAGAGAAGCUCUUUCUCAGAAAACUCUUCCAGUUUUGGUUCAGCAUGCGCGUGGCAACUGGUUCGGCAUACCUCGACGGCGACGACAAGUUGAACCAGGACAGAGUCAACGACAACGCGUAUCCUCUAGGCGAGAAGAUCUCCCUCCCCAGGAUGGUCACCGCCCAGUGCGACGGCCUCCUGGUGGAGAAAUUCCUGAGGCCGCUCUCCAAGGACGUGCUCAGACAGCUGGAGCAGUUCAUCAUGCAGAACAACAAGUCGCGCUUCUUCACCAUCUUCGUGGCGACCUUCAUCCUCCUGCACGAGGUGGCCUACUCGUCCGCCGACCGGUACCGCCACGCGCGCGAGAACGGAGUUACGGAUACCAGAUACACUCUCCCCAACUUCGUUAAUGAGCUCCAGUUCGGAGCCAACAUCGUCCUCCUGCACUGGCACUACUACAAGUGCAUCCUCGACCCCUUCGCUGAGGAUCUUAGGAAGUCGAUGCUCUCGGACUUGAGCCGGGACCACCUCGAGAGUGUCAAAAGGGCAUACCGCCUAAUGAAAAAGCGGCCAGAGCAACCCCUUGUGGAUGGGCGGGCCUGGGAGGACCCGAUGCACUUUGCCUCGCAGAUGUUUAAGAACAACUGGGAGCCAAUCGAAGGCUUUCCUGGAUUUGGGUGGUGA